AUGUUAUUUUAUUGGUGAAUGAACACGUGGCUUCUUAUGUGCCACUUUUGCAGUACCUUAGAACAAACUAUUUUCUUUUGCAUUUCCAAUAUGAGCUGGUGGCGAGUUGGAGCUAUUGGUACUGCCAAGAAAAAAUUCGAAGAAGAUGAUGCACCGUCCAAGUAUGAAAGUGUUGCUCUAAUCAUCGGAGUCACCGGCAUCAUGGGCAAUAGCCUCGCCGAGAUCCUCCCUCUGGCCAAUAUCCCCGGUGGUCCCUGGAAGGUUUACGGCGUUGCCCGCCAGUCUAGACCAUCGUGGAAUGCUGACCAUCCGAUUGAGUACCGAAAGAUACCCAAUCUAAGCUAUCGGUUCUCAGUGAUGUAACCAACGUUUUCUACGUGAUUUGGGCCAAUAGAUCGACAGAGGUUGAAAACUGAGAAAUCAAUGGAAAACUAUUUACCAAUGUUCUCAAUGUUAUUUUACCUAAUUGCCCUAACUUGCACCACAUCUGUUUACAGACGAGUCGAAAACAUUAUUUAGGUCCAUUUGAAUUGUUUGGAAAAGUAGGCCAUGAUUCUCCAUUUCACGAGGAUUUACCAAGAUUAGAUGCGCUCAAUUUCUACUGUGUUCUUGAG